GCCUAUUGAGAAAAAAAGCUCUUUUGUGUGAGGCUGACCACAGGGCUGGUAUCUAGCCUUUGGAUGGUAGCCCUCAUUAUCGUCUACCAGUGUCCAGGGAGCCAAGCAGGCUGGAUCCCACAGGCACGCCAAGGUGAGAAAUGUCAGGUGAACCAGAUAUUCAUGGGUCUUUUUCAAACGUCACAGAAGAUUGAUGCAUUGUUGUUCUCGAGUUUCCAGAUGAUCAGACCAGCCCAGAUGUGACAAAGAGGCGUGCAAUGGGCAUCCCACAGCUAUUCCAGUUGCUGGAAUGGAUGGGGCCGUGGAUCCGACGGGAGCGGGAGUGGAUGAGGGCGAGGCCGCAGAGGAAAAUGAGACUCUGACUGAGCCCAUUGUGCUGGACCCGACCGUGGAAUUCACCAGGAGGUGCAGCCCGGUGAUAAGUGAUGUUGAGAAUGAGCACGAGGACGAGAAUCUAAAGGACCAGUGCCUCUUUGUCCCGGAUGUUCCCAAGUUUCAGCACACAGAGAACCCGGAGAUGAUUGUGUCUGAGGUACCAGAGACUGUGGAGACCCAGUGUGACAUCUCACAGAGUGAGGCAAAAUGCGGGGUGGCUGAAAUGAAGGAGGCGUCCAGCUCUCUGUACUCACAGCUACCAGAGACCCUGGAGACCCAUCUCACCGAAGAAGUAUCCCAGUUACAGAAUGAGAUCGCAUGUAAAGGUGAAAACAGCAAUGUUUUGACUACUUCUCAACUUCAAGAAAAAACUGAAAUCCAGUGUGUAAGAGAGCUCACAGAAAUACAGCCUGAGAACAAAUCCAAAGAUGGCGGGACAAAGGGCAUUUCAAAUGACAUUUACUCCCAGCUGCCACAGACCACAGAGAUCCCUUUUGCUAAAGCUGUGUCAGAAAUCCAGAGUGAGACUAAGUGCAAGGAGUCAGGGAAGAAGGGGGUGUCCAGCUGUCUUUAUUCUCUCCUGCCAGAGACCUUGGAGACUUUGCAUGCCAAGGAGGUCUCCCAGAUCCUGAGUGAGAUCAAGUAUAAAGAAGAAGGGAAGAAGGAGAUAUCAGCAAGCCUUUAUUCUCUGCUUCCAGAGACAACAGAGACUCAGUUUGUUAGAGAGCUCUCAGAUAUCCAGAGUGAGUACAAGUACAAAGAAGGUCUGAAGAAGAAGAUUUCCACCAGCCUUUACUCUCUACUUCCAGAGACAAUAGAGACUCAGUUUGCCAAGCAGAUGUCGGAAAUGCAGAGUGAGACUAAGUACAAAGAAGCAGGAAAGAAGGAGGUGUCCAGCUCCUUUUACUCCCGGCUCCCAGAGACCCUGGCGACCCAGCAUGCCAAAGAGGCCUCACAGUUACAGAGCGAGAACAAGUACAAAGAAGAUGGCAAAAAGGAAAUUUCAAGUUCCCUUUACUCUCAACUUCCAGAAACAACGGAGAUACAGUUUGCAAGGGAACUGACAGAAUUACUGAGUGAGAACAAGUACAAAGAAGAUGGGAAAAGGAGAUCUUCCAUGAGUGUUUACUCCCAACUCCCAGAUACUACGGAAAUCCAAUUUGCCAAAGCAGUGGCAGAGCUCCAGAGUGAGAUGAAAUACAAAGAGGCAGGGAAGAAGGAGGUGUCCAGUUCAUUGUACUCCAAGUUACCAGAGACCCUGGAGACCCAGCAUGCCAAAGAGGCCUCACAGUUACAGAGCGAGAUAAAGUACAAAGAAGGUUUCAAGAAGGCAAUUUCUACAAACCUUUAUUCUCUGCUUCCGGAGACAAUAGAAACCCGGUUUGCCAAAGAGAUCUCGGACAUACAGAGUGAGAUCAAAUACAAAGAAGGGCUGAAGGAUGAGAUUUCCACCAACCUUUACUCCCAACUUCCAGAGACAACAGAGACUCAGUUUGCCAAACAGAUGUCAGAAAUUCAGAGUGAGACUAAGUACAAGCAGGCAGGGAAGAAGGAGGUGUCCAGCUCACUUUAUUCCCAGCUACCAGAGACCCUGGAAACCCAGCAAGCUAAAGAGGCCUACCAGUUACGGAGCGAGACUAAAUACAAGGAGGCAGGGAAGAAGGAGGUGUCUAGCUCUCUGUACUCCCAGCUGCCUGAGACCUUGGAGACCCAGCAUGCCAAGAAGGCUUCCCAGUUACAGAGUGAGAUAAAAUACAAAGAAGAUGGCAAAAAGGACAUUUCAAGUUCCCUUUACUCUCAACUUCCAGAAACAACUGAGAUACAAUUUGCUAGAGAGGUCACAGAAAUCCUGAGUGAGAACAAGUACAAAGAAGAUGGGAAAAGGAAAUCUUCCAUGAGUGUUUACUCCCAACUCCCAGAGACCACAGAGACACAGUUUGCCAAGGCCGUGUCAGAACUCCAGAGUGAGAUGAAGUACAAGCAGCCAGGGAAGAAGCAAGUAUCCAGCUCUCUGUACUCCAAGCUACCAGAGACCCUGGAGACCCAGCAUGCCAAAGAGGCCUCACAGUUACAGAGCGAGAUAAAGUACAAAGAAGGUUUCAAGAAGGCAAUUUCUACAAACCUUUAUUCUCUGCUUCCGGAGACAAUAGAAACCCGGUUUGCCAAAGAGAUCUCGGACAUACAGAGUGAGAUCAAAUACAAAGAAGGGCUGAAGGAUGAGAUUUCCACCAACCUUUACUCCCAACUUCCGGAGACAACAGAGACUCAGUUUGCCAAACAGAUGUCGGAAAUGCAGAGUGAGGCUAAAUACAAGGAGGCAGGGAAGAAGGAGGUGUCCACCUCCCUUUACUCCAAGCUGUCAGAGACCCUGGAGACCCAGCAUGCUAAGGAGGCCUCCCAGUUGCAGAGCGAGACCAAGUACAAGGAGGCAGGGAAGAAGGAGGUGUCCAGCUCUCUGUACUCCCAGCUGCCAGAGACCUUAGAGACCCAGCAUGCUAAAGAGGCCUACCAGUUACAGAGCGAGAUCAAGUACAAAGAAGAUGGCAAAAAGGAAAUGUCCAGUUCCCUUUACUCUCAACUUCCAGAAACAACAGAGAUACAGUUUGCAAGAGAGCUUUCAGAAGCACUGAGUGAGAACAAGUACAGAGAAGAUGGGAAACACAGUAUUUCCAUGAGUGUUUACUCUCAGCUCCCAGAAACCACAGAGACCCAGUUUGCUAAAGCCAUGUCAGAAGUCCAGAGCGAGACCAAGUACAAGCAGGCAGGGAAGAAGGAGGUGUCCAGCUCCCUUUACUCCAAACUCCCAGAGACCCUGGAGACCCAGCAUGCCAAAGAGGCCUCACAGUUACAGAGCGAGAUAAAGUACAAAGAGGGGGGGAAGAAGGAAAUCUCUACAAACCUUUAUUCUCUGCUUCCAGAGACAAUAGAAACCCGGUUUGCCAAAGAGAUCUCGGACAUACAGAGUGAGAUCAAAUACAAAGAAGGGCUGAAGGAUGAGAUUUCCACCAACCUUUACUCCCAACUUGAAGAAACAAUCGAGACUCAAUUUGCCAAACAGAUGUCGGAAAUGCAGAGUGAGGCUAAAUAUAAGGCAGGGAAAAAGCAGGUGUCCAGCCCUCUUUACUCCAAACUACCAGAGACCCUGGAGACCCAGCAUGCCAAGGAGGCCUCACAGUUACAAAGUGAGACUAAAUACAAAGAGACAGGGAAGAAGGAGGUUUCUAGCUCUCUGUACUCCAAGCUACCACAGACCCUGGAGAUUGAGCAUGCCAAAGAGGCCUACCAGUUACAGAGCGAGAUCAAGUACAAAGAAGAUGGCAAAAAGGAAAUAUCCAAUUCCCUCUACUCUCAACUUCCAGAAACAACAGAGAUACAGUUUGCAAGAGAGGUCACAGAAAUUUUGAGUGAGAACAAGUACAGAGAAGGUGGGAAACAGGGUAUUUCCACGAGUAUUUACUCUCAACUCCCAGAGACCACAGAGACCCAAUUUGCCAAAACCAUGUCAGAAGUCCAGAGUGAGACUAAGUACAAGCAGCCAGGGAAGAAGCUAUUAUCCAGCUCUCUGUACUCCACGCUACCAGAGACCUUGGAGACCCAGCAUGUGAAAGAGGCCACUCAGUUACAGAGCAAGAUAAAGUACAAAGAAGCUUUAAAGAAAGACAUUUCUACAAACCUUUAUUCUCUGCUUCCAGAGACAAUAGAAACGCAUUUUGCCAAAGAGAUCUCGGACGUACAGAGUGAGGUCAAGUACAAAGAAGGGCUGAGGGAUGAGAUUUCUACUAACCUUUACUCCCAACUUCCAGAAACAAUGGAGAUUCAGUUUGCCAAGCAGAUGUCAGAAAUGCAGAGUGAGGCUAAAUACAAGCAGCCAGGGAAGAAGGAAGUGUCCAGCUCUCUGUACUCCCUGCUACCAGAGACCCUGGAGAUUCAGCAUGCCAAGGAGGUCUCCCAGUUACAGAGUGAGAUCAAAUAUAAAGAAGGUGGUAAAAAGGACAUUUCAAGUUCCCUUUAUUCUCAGCUUCCAAUGACAACAGAGAUACAGUUUGCAAGAGAGCUCACAGAACUGCAGAGCGAGAACAAGUACAAAGAAAGUGGGAAAAGGAGUAUCUCCACCAGCAUUUACUCUCAGCUCCCAGAGACCACAGAGACCCAGUUUGCCAAAGCUGUGUCAGAGCUCCAGAGUGAGACUAAAUACAAGGAGGCAGGGAAGAGGCAGGUAUCCAGCUCCCUUUACUCCCAGCUGCCCGAGACCCUGGAGACCCAGCAUGCCAAGGAGGCUUCCCAGUUACAGAGCGAGGUAAAAUACAAGGAAAAUAGGAAAAAGAAGAUUUCAUCCUCCCUUUACUCUCAGCUUCCAGAGACCAUGGAGAUUCAAUUAGCCAAGGAGCUCUCAAAUAUACAGAGUGAGGUCAAGUACAAAGAAAGUGGAAAGAAAGACAUCUCUGCAAGUCUUUACUCCCAGCUUCCAGAGACAACAGAGACUCAGUUUGCGAAACAAAUGUCAGAAAUCCAAAGUGAGGUGAAGUACAAAGGAGAUAUCCAGAAGGAACUUUCAAAUACCCUGUACGCUCAGAUGCCCCAUACAAGGGAGAUUGAGUUUGCUAAAGAACUGUCGGAGUCCUAUAGUGAGGCUAAAUACAAGGAGGCAGGGAAGAAGGAGGUGUCCACCUCCCUCUACUCCCUCCUACCAGAGACUAAGGAGAUACAGCACGCCAAGGAGGCCUCCCAGUUACGGAGUGAGAUAAAGUAUAAAGAAAGCGGAAAAAAGGACAUUUCAACUCCUCUUUACUCUCAACUUCCAGAAACCACAGAAACCAAGUUUGCUAGAGAGCUCACGGAGAUACAAAAAUAAGUACAAAGAACAUGGGAGAAGAGGUAUUUCCACAAGUGUUUAUUCUCAGCUCCCAGAGACCACAGAGACCCAG